GAAGGGAAGUGACUCGCCCAGGGACACGCGGCAGGAGCCAGUCCGCCGACGGUGCCCGCGGGGAGACCCGCCGCCCCCGCCGUCGUUGACCGGCGCGGAGAAGAUGGCCAAGCUGGAGGGGUUGGAGUUCUGGCGGCUGGGCCUGCGCGGGGCCCGGCACGUGGUGGCCCCCAUGGUGGACCAGAGCGAGCUGGCCUGGAGGCUCCUCAGCCGCCGACACGGGGCCCAGCUGUGCUACACGCCCAUGCUGCACGCCCAGGUCUUCGUCCGCGACGCCAACUACCGCAAGGAGAACCUCUACGGCGACGUCUGCCCCGAGGACCGGCCCCUCAUCGUGCAGUUCUGCGCCAACGACCCGGAAGUGUUUGUGAAGGCCGCCCUGUUGGCUCAGGACCACUGUGACGCCAUAGACCUGAACCUGGGCUGCCCUCAAAUGAUCGCCAAGAGAGGUCACUACGGAGCCUUCCUGCAGGAGGAGUGGGAUCUGCUGCAGAGGAUGAUCCUGCUGGCGCACGAGAAGCUGUCCGUCCCCAUCACCUGCAAAAUCCGCGUCUUCCCAGAAAUCGCCAAAACGGUGAAGUACGCCCAGCUGCUGGAGCGGGCCGGCUGCCAGCUGCUGACCGUGCACGGCCGCACCAAAGAGCAGAAGGGGCCCCUGACGGGCGUGGCCUCGUGGGAGCACAUCAAGGCCGUGCGGAAGGCGGUGGGCAUCCCCGUGUUCGCCAACGGGAACAUCCAGUACCUGGGCGACGUGGAGCGCUGCAUCCGGGAGACGGGGGCCCACGGCGUCAUGAGCGCAGAGGGCAACCUGCACAACCCCGCCCUGUUCGAGGGGCGCAACCCGGCCGUCUGGGAGGUGGCGGAGGAAUACCUGGACCUGGUGCGGCGCCACCCCUGCCCCCUGGCCUCCGUGCGGGCCCACCUCUUCAAGCUGUGGCACCACACGCUGCAGGUGCACCGCCAGCUGCGGGAGGAGCUGGCCAAGGUGAAGACCCUGGAGGGGCUGGCCAACGUCAGCCGCCGGCUCAAGCUCCGCUGCCAGGAGGAGAUGGCCCUGCAGAAAGAAGGCUCCAGGCCCCCCGAGGGACUGCCCUUCUUCCACUGGAUCUGCCAGCCCUACGUCCGGCCCGGGCCCAAGGAGGGGAGCAGGGAGAACGGCAGCCAGCCGGGGAAACGGGCCCUGGAGGAGGACGACGACGACGACGACGAGGAGUCGCAGGGAGGCAGCCCCGCGAACCCGCUGUCCAAGAACAAGCAGAAGAAAAAGCUGAGGAAUCCCAACAAGAACUUUGACCCCUCCCUCAAACCAAAAUAUGCAAAGUGCGAUCAGUGUGGAAACCCCAAGGGCAACAAGUGCGUGUUUAACCUGUGCCGGGGCUGCUGCAAGAAGAGAGCCUUCAAGGAGACAGCCGACUGUCCCGGUCACGGGCUCCUCUUCAAAACCAAAGCGGAGAAGUCACCCGCGUGGAAGGGCGGCCGGGCCCGGCCCCAGGAGCUCCAGCGGAGGGAGGCGGGUCCGCCCGAGGGGCCCGCCGGACGCCCGGAGGCCGUGGGCUGACCGCCCGCCCGCCGGGACCAUCUCAUUUAAGGGAAUGCCUCUUACUCAGGGAAAUC